GCAAAUGAAAAACAGAUAUUUUGCUCGAUUACCAUCCGAUCCGGCUACUUGAUUGCAAAGCUUGAUUCUUGAUAUCUUAUGAGCCAUACUUAUACCUCUCAGGUCACCCAUAAUUUGCACCAUUUUGGGUACACCCAUUUGUUGGUGCGAGCUUCUUUGUAGGGAAAGAAAGACAACAUGUACUUACUGGAAGCUCACAAUGUUCAUGUGUUGGGUUCAGGGGAGGAGGUGAUUAUACUUGCUCAUGGAUUUGGUACAGACCAAUCUGUUUGGAAGCAUAUAAUUCCCCAUUUGGUACAGAAUUACAGGCUUAUUAUUUUUGACAACAUGGGAGCAGGAACUACCAGUCCAGAGUAUUUUGACUUUGAUAGGUAUUCUACACUCAAUGGGUAUGCUUAUGAUAUUCUGGCCAUCCUUGAGGAGUUACAGGUUGUGUCCUGCAUUUAUGUAGGGCAUUCUGUGUCUGGAUUGAUUGGCUGCCUUGUGUCCAUUGAAAAGCCUCAUCUCUUUUCCAAGAUGAUAAUGAUCUCAACGUCUCCCAGAUAUCUUAACGAUGUAGAUUAUUUUGGAGGAUUUGAACAAGAAGAUUUGAACCAACUGUUUGGCGCAAUGCAAUCAAACUUUAAGGCUUGGGUUUCAGGUUUUGCACCAUUAGCUGUUGGAGCAGAUAUGGACUCGAUGGCUGUCCAAGAAUUCAGUCGAACACUAUUUAAUAUUAGACCUGACAUUGCCUUAAGUGUGGCAAAAACCAUUUUCCAGUGUGAUAUGAGAGACGUUCUGCCUCAUGUUACAGUACCCUGUCAUAUUCUGCAGAGCAACAAAGAUUUGGCAGUACCUGUUGUGGUUUCAGAAUAUAUACAAGAGAAUUUGGGAGGCAGGUCAAUUGUGGAGAUUUUACCCACAGAAGGGCACUUGCCUCAAUUAAGCUCUCCAGAUAUAGUGGUUCCUGUUCUAAUGCGUCAUAUCAGGGGAAACAUCUAGCAGGAUGUUGUCGGGUAAUUAAGCAAUAAGACAUUUAAUGUAAUUAGAGUUAAUGAUGGCAGUUAACCCGUCGGUUGUCGACAGUUGACACCGGGUAACUGACUGGUCACUUUUAUAUAUUAGUGAGUCCUUGGUCAUGGAGACAGAGUUAGUAUGGUCAUUGUCAUUGUACUGACAUUAUUAUGAAUCAAUGAAGAUCUAAGUUUCUUCA